GUCGAAUUCCUAACACUCCCGGUAUAUACUCAUUCGUUUAUUGUUAUCAACUACAAUAAACAUAAUUAUUUAUGAUUUCCUUUAGAUGUCAGUCAUCCUUAUCAUUGUUGCUGCACACGCGACACAUCACCGCUUACAUCCACAUAUAAAGCAGUCCAGUUAUUCAGAAUUCAGACAAAAUUAGUUACCCGCAAGCCAUCGAGUUGUACCGUUUGUUUCUCUGUAGCGUGUGUGAUUUGUAGAUGAAAAAUGGCUCCCAGCUAUAAAGUAACAUACUUUGAUCUCAAUGCUCUAGGGGAACCUAUCAGAGUAUUGCUGAGCUAUGGAAGUUUGGAAUUUGAAGAUGUUAGGAUCAAAUACAAGGACUGGCCCGACCUUAAACCAAAAAUGCCCUAUGGCCAACUGCCAAUUCUGGAAUGCGACGGCAAAGUGGCACACCAACACAUUGCUAUUUGCAGAUAUUUGGCGAAAAAGGUGAAACUCACCGGCAAAGACGACUGGGAAGAUUUGACAAUCGAUGCAACAGUUGAAACUGUCAAUGAUUUACGUAUUAAGGUGGCACAGUUUUAUUACGAGCAUGAUGGAACCUUGAGGAAAAAAUUACAAGAAACCCUCAUGAAUGAGACUAUUCCGUACUACAUAGGAAAACUUGAAGCUCAAGCUAAGGAAAAUGGAGGAUACCUGGCUCUGCCAAAGGUAAACAGAUAAUUUCAAUAGAUGUUCAUAUUUUACAUUUAUUUUCUGUUUAAAAUUAGACACAUGCAUUAAAUAGACUCAAUUUAAAAUAUAUUCAUCGCUGCUCGUAUUCGCUUGUCGCUGCCUGUCCAGGCAUUUAUGCCCUGCCCUGUGUUCGGUUUAACGGGGUGUAAAUGAGACAGCUACGUGCUUAAUUUCAUAGAAAUAUUUUAUAAGUAUUCUUGUUUCCACGUUAUAAAAACGUAAAAAUAAUAGAAAAUCUUUUGCAGCUAACUUGGGCCGAUG